GUUCGACCUCGACCUCGCACCACACACCAAAGCUCCUCCCCCAAGGCAAAUCUUCCCAUUUUACAUCCCGCACCAGCCAUCAACGUCACAGCUCCACCAAACUUUUUCGUCGGCGCGAACCACGCGACCCUUCGACCUUACUGCUCGAGUGUGUUCUGGAACUGUUUCAAUUGCAGGAACCACCUACGAGCCGGUUUCGACAGUGCCCGCGCGCAGCACUCACUCACUCACACACACAGACAUAGUCACACAACCACGCCCACCACCGCCAUGAUCGCACCGACGGCGACGGCGAUGCUCCGCUCAGGCGUCUCCCGCGGCGGCUGCGCCCUGCAGCCCAUCCUCCUGCGCAGCACCACCAGCUGCCCCUACUCGACCAUCGUCACAGCCGCCUCGCCCUUCGCCAGCGUGCGCUCCAAGCUCUCCGACUCGAGAACAACAGCAACCCCCUCCGCCAAGCCAUCACCACCAUCAUCGCCCGCCACCAUCACCAGCCCCACCCUCACAACAGCCCGCCGCCAGCCAGCAGCCCGCUACUCGACAGACCAGGCCGCCGACGCGGCAGCGGCGCAGCGCGCCGCGCAGCGCGCCGAGGCCUACGCCCGCUCGAACCCGGACAUGCCGCCGCUGGACUGGGACUCGUUCUUCCAGCUGCGCAAGACGCGGCGCCGGUGGCAGGUCGGCUUCAGCGUGCUCAUGUCGCUGGGCUCCGGGGCCGCGGGCGCCGUCGUGCUCGGGUCGGGGGCCGCCGACGCCCUCACGAACCAGAUCCCCCUCGACCCCAUCCUCACGCUCGGCCUCAUCACCCUCGGCUGCACCGCCAUGGGCUGGGUCGUCGGCCCCAGCCUGGGGAACGCCGUGUUCUACCUCAUCAAGCGCAAGUACAAGGCGCCUAUGACUGUGAAGGAGAGCCAGUUCUUCGCCCGCAUCAAGAAGAACCGCGUGGACCCGUCCAACUCGUCCACCGGCAACCCGGUGCCUGACUUCUACGGCGAGAAGAUCUCCAGCGUCGCCGGAUACAGGCAAUGGCUGAAGGACCAGAGGGCCUACAACAAGAAGAGGACCACCUUCAUCUGAGUGAUGCUUUGAGGGCUGUUCCCAGUUGGACGAUCAGGGCCGAACACGCGGGGUUGUCCUGAAGAUAUGUUGCGGCGGAAUCCCGUCUCCUGGGAACGCAAUCAACGGGGUUUGUGGGCAGAAUGAACGAGUGGAUUGCCAAUGGCACUACAGAAGAAGGCCAAGACUGGUCGCGGGUUGGUUGGAAUUGUUGCAAACACACACACACACAAGUAUGAGUCUCAUUUGCCGGAGUUCAGAGCCUCUCCAUAAUUGUACUUGUACCUACAGCACCGUAAUGCCGCACAAAUAACGUGACAUCCUCCUCUUCAAUUGUGUAUUUGUUCACGUGCCUCUGAACUUUGUCCACUUUUCCAACAUUACCAGGGCUACAGGAACGGCAGGGUGCCGUCUACCUCGUGCUUCCAAGCCCUCAUGCCGCCCUUGAUAUCCCCAAUGAACCUCUCGCCCCCACGGCCGAGCCCCAGGUCCUUCAGCUGCUUGGCCACGAGCUGGGAGUCGUUGCCCACCCUGCACACCACAUAGAUCGGCGCGUGCCCGGACAGGCCCGCGGGUAUCCAGUCCGGCAGCUCAGCACCGCCCUCGCCCUCGGGCCUCUUCGCCGCCCUCGCAGAGCCCUGGAUCCGCGAGUACGGGAUGUUGACAGCCCCGUCGAUACACCCGACGUCAAACAGCUCCUUCUCCCUGACAUCCAGCAGCACGGGCCUCGCCGCCCCCGCCCCAUCACCACCACCACCACCACCCGCCGUGACAAGAUCCCGAUAAGCACCAGCAGAAACCCUCUCCCCUUCUCCAAGCACACUAACCGACGAUGCCGCGCCCCCGCAGAACGCAACAUAAUCCACGCCCCCACUCCUCAACGUCCCCAGCGACAGCCUGUCCGCGCUCCCCUCGCCGCAGGCGAAGCAGUCCCGCCUGCGGGCGCGCAUCCGCACGGACCGGAACGAGGGGGCGCCGGCCGCCGAGCCGGAGAAGAGCAGCAGCGUCGGCUGUGGCUGUGGCUGUGGCUGUGGCUGUGGCUGUGGC